UAGUACCAAUAGUAUUAGGUUUGAGUUGGUUUUGAUUUGAUCCAAUCUAAAUAUUAAAACUAAUAUAUCAUUCAAAAGAAUUGAUCUUGACUUUCAACUUGACUAUACAAAAAAUGUAAUACGACAUCUAUUGCAACAGAAAGACCCUCCAUUCUAAAAUAAAUGAUGUCUUAGGUAUUUUUUACAAGCCCUUGAUCAUUGCAACAUAGAAGCUCAUGAUUCAAAGAACAACCAAUAUGGCUAUUAUUUCCUUGAGGCUAGAUUCUUUUCAUUAUUCAAUCUUUCUCCUAAUAAUAAUUUUUUCAUCAUCACAGUUAGCCAAAGCUGAUAACACAACACAAAACUUCCACUAUUUCUGUAAUCCUAACAACGUAACUGGUACCUACACAGCCAACAGUAUCUACCAAACAAACCUUAAAUCACUUCUGUCCACUCUCACUUCCAACACGCAAAUCAACUACGGUUUCUACAAUUUCUCAAACGGUGAAAACACAAACAAAGUAAACGCAAUUGGUCUUUGCAGAGGCGAUGUUAAGACAAACGAGUGUCUUAGUUGCCUCAAUGGUUCAAGUAACAAUCUCACACAGCUUUGUCCAAACCAAAAAGAAGCAAUUGGUUGGUAUGAAGAUGAAAAAUGCAUGUUGCGUUAUUCAGACCGUUCCAUAUUCCGGUUAAUGGAAAUAGGACCUGCAUAUUAUGCAAACAACAUGGUAAAUGCAACUGAUUUGAAUGAUUUCAAUCAAGUUGUUCGAGACUUGCUUGAUAACUUGACUAGUAGAGCUGCAUCUGGUGAUUCUCGUUUAAAAUAUGCAGUGGCUAGGGCUCGUGGUCCUAAUGAUCAAUCCAUAUAUGGUCUUGUUCAGUGUACGCCUGAUUUAUCUGAGUCAGAUUGUAAUUCAUGUUUGGUUCAAUCCAUUGACCGUAUACCGAUUGAUUGUUGUAAAGAUAAGAAAGGUGGAAGAGUUGUUAGGCCUAGUUGUAACAUGAGAUUUGAAACCGAUUUUCUCUUCUAUGAUCCUACAGCACCACCACCUCCUCCUCCAUCCACCACCACCACUAACACUUCCUCACCAGGAAAUAGCAACACUACUACUGUCGUCAUCGCCGUAGUAGUACCAGUUGUUGCUGUUGUAGUGCUCAUUUUUAUCUGCAUCUGUUUAAGAGUAAGGAAGCCAAGGAAAAAGUUUAAAAUUCAAGAAGGAGAAGAAGAUGAAGAUGUUGAAAUUGAAAUUUCGGAGUCAUUGCAAUUCACUUUUGACACAAUAAGAGAUGCAACAGAUGACUUUGCUGCCUCUAAUAAACUUGGACAAGGUGGAUUUGGGACGGUUUACAAAGGUAGACUCCCCAAUGGACAAGAGAUUGGUGUCAAAAGGUUGUCGAGGGAUUCUGGCCAAGGAGAUUUAGAAUUUAAGAAUGAAGUAGUUUUAGUGGCUAAACUUCAACAUCGAAACUUAGUUAGGCUACUUGGUUUCUGUAUAGAAGGAAGAGAAAGACUACUUGUAUAUGAAUUUGUUCAGAAUAAGAGCCUCGAUUACUUCCUUUUUGAUCAAACCAAGAGAACACAAUUAAACUGGAACAGAAGGUAUAAAAUCAUUGUAGGUACUGCUCGAGGAAUUCUUUACCUUCAUGAGGAUUCUCGGCUGCGUAUUAUUCAUCGUGAUCUCAAAGCAAGCAAUAUUCUCUUAGAUGAAGAGAUGAAUCCUAAGAUAGCAGAUUUUGGCAUGGCUAGACUGUUUGAUGUGGACCAAACUCAGGAAAAUACAAACAGAAUUGUGGGAACCUAUGGAUAUAUGGCACCGGAGUAUGCAAUGCAUGGACAAUUUUCAGUGAAGUCAGAUGUAUUUAGUUUUGGUGUAUUGAUUCUUGAGAUUAUAAGUGGCCACAAAAACAGUGGCAUUCGUCAUGGAACUAGUACGGAGUAUUUACUCAGCUUUGUAUGGAGAAAUUGGAGAGAUGGGUCACCAACAAAUGUUAUAGAUCCCACAUUAAACAAUGAUUCAGUGAACGAAAUAAUGAGAUGCAUCCACAUUGGGUUACUUUGUGUUCAAGAAAAUGCAGCUAGCAGGCCAACUAUGGCUUCUAUUGUACUAAUGCUUAAUAGUCAUUCUCUCACUCUCUCGAGACCUUCCGAACCUGCAUUUUAUGUAGAUAGUGGAGCUGGAGACUUUCAAGACAUGAUGCAAUCAUUGGAGUCUAGUUCAGUUCAAGAAUCAGUAAAUGAGGCUUCGAUUACGGAGCCAUAUCCUCGCUAGAUUCUGAUCAUAUAGGUGAUAGCUAUAAUACAUAGUCGAUUCGAUUUCAGAAUAAUAAAUUUAAUUCCUCACGUACGACAUUGUGUAUAGGAACUCAUUUAAGUGCUAAUUUGAAUAAUAGUUUACAAAUUAUGGUUUGAUCAAA